GUUCACACGUUGCAACUAGUUUGUUACAACAUGUUGCAUACAACAAGUUGCACGUCUUGAGUUGCGUUCACACACAGGCCAAGUUGUAUACAAUUUUCGGUAUCGUGAGAUCUCGUUUUACAUGUUGCUUAGCAACGCACUGUAGAAACUAGCAUACGGUCAUGGCGUCCCUAUACAACAGCGACAGUGAUGACGAUGUUCUGGAAGCGGCGGUUGUCGCAAUGCUCGUUGAUUUUAACCAUGGCAAAGCCGACCGUUCGUGCUGGGUCCGUCCCUGGAUUGCAAGACGAAGUGAUCUAGGAGCUUAUAAAGCUUUAAUGAGGGAACUUGAAGCUGAGGACACAAAAAGUUUUGUCAAUUUUUUACGCAUGGACAGAGAGAGUUUUGAUCAACUGCUGGGCAGAGUGUCACCGAUGAUAACCAAAGCUGAUACACCCAUGCGUGAUUCUAUACCCCCUGGAGAAAAACUCGCCAUCACACUUCGAUAUUUGGCCACAGGUGACAGUUACAAGUCUCUAGAGUUCUUGUAUCGGGUACCAAAGAACACAAUUUGCAAUUUCGUCCCUCAAGUGUGUGUUGCAAUUUAUGAAACUCUCAAGAAGGACUUUCUGAAGGUGAGGUGCAUGUCAACACUUGAAUUCUUGAUAUUUUUUCCCCAUGUUUAAACGAUGACUAAAUAAAU